GACCUCUGCUCCUGGGAUUUUAUUGAACUCUAGGGUGGUGGAGUUGCUGUUAUGUGGGCUCAUUUUGUAGGCUGGAGACCACAUACACCCCCUCCCCUCAAUGCCAACCCUGAAGUGAGGCCCAGACAGUAUUCUAGAAUGGAUGAGCCAGAGAUAUCUAACCAGGAAAGAGCAUCUUUGUUUGAAUCCCUUCUGUGUCCGGAGUAUGUUUGGGCCCCUUACUUUGGACAUACUUCUCAUUUGUGGUUGUGGUUAUUUUGUUUUACUUGCCACUCAGCAGAAUCAGUAUCACAUAAGCACUCAUUAUCCUCAGGCCCUUGGCAGGCAGGGCACUUGGUGAAUCUGUUCCCUUGUGAAGAGCUCAUGUCUGCAGAUUAUUUUCUGAUGGCAUCUGGCAUGAGUUCCAGAUUGAUGGUCCAAUAGCAGCUAUUAAUUGCUUCCUUUGGGCUUAAUUAUUGCUGGCAUGGUGGGUGACUAAGGAAUUAAGAAUCUCUUAUGCAUUUACGGGGCAACAGGUCCUGGUGGCGUCCCAGAGCAUUUAUCUGUCAUUUCCGUAGAAUAUCCUUGUUAAAAGUUUUGAGCAUAAUCUCAGAAGCUGGAGGAUAACCAGCUAGACAGUGUCCAGUAGCAUUUAGCUUCUCAGUUGAUUCUUUCCAAGAAUUGAAAAGAAAGCAUCUAGUGCUUGUUGCCCACAGAUCCAGGGGAAUGUCAAAUUGGUGUCAUAACAGUACAAAAGCACUACCAGCUGCUUCUGAUUGUCUUGGAGGCAAGAGGGCAAAGAGAGCCUUAUUAUGUGGCAAGACAGCUAAAGAUUCACAUCAGCACUCAGGAGGGCCUUUGAGGUAAUGAACCUAGAAUUGUUAAGGUGUCAUUUUAUUUUUUCUUUUUUUUUUUUUUAAGGUGUCAUUUUCUUUGCCUGGAGACAGAGAGGGGGCAAGAUACCAGCCCUCAAAGACUCACCAAGUACAGCCUAGUACUCAUUCACUCAACAAGUGCUUAGAAUUGUAUUGAAAGCUAGAGAAAUAAAGGUGACUAAGACAAUCAUCCUGCCCCCAGGAGUACAGUCUAGAGGGGGAGACAAACAUAUUAAAUACACAAUUAUAACAUACAGCUGUCUAAGUGCAAUUCCAUAGAGAUGCAGGAAGCAUUGGAAGAGCACAGUAGAGAGGUGUGGCUUGGGGAAUACUGCCCAGAGAAGGAAAUCUCUGCUGGCUGAAAGGGUAUUUCGGAGUUGGACAGAAGUUUGGGAAAGAAAGCAUUCCAGGUAGAGAGGCGUUAAGGCGAGACAGCAUGAUGUGUUCAGAGAAUCCUCACACAGCUGCUCAGUGCUGUUGAAGUGCGAAGUGUAAGGCAGAGACUUGUGGGAGGCAGGGAUAAAGUGGUCAGGAGGGCUUUGAAUGCCAUGUGAAAGAGACUGUGCUUCAUGUGUUUCAUAGUCAGAUUGAGUUGUAGGCAAGUCAGUCUGGCAGCGAUGGGAAGGAAUCAGAAUUGGAGGUGGGCAGCUGAGUGGGAGGCCUUGGCUCUAUGGUGGUGAUGAUGGGAGCCUAAACUGGGACCAGUUUGCACAAUGGAGAUGAUGGGAUAGUCAAAUAAAUGUUAACUAUUAAUAGUUAAAUUUUCAUGACUGAUUAGAUGACUGAUGAUUAGAUUUUAUUUCAAUUUUUGAUGGCUGAUCAGAUUUUACAUUGAGAGGAUAAAGAUGAGGGAGAAGGGAGGAAUUGAGGAUGGCACCCAUAUUUCUAGCUUGCUAAAUUAGUUGGUUAGAGUUAACUGCUCUAGCAAGGGAACACAGUAGAAGAAAUACCUUAGAAGGGAAAGUGAUGAGGCCACUUUGAGACACAUGCAAAGCCUGUGGAAGUCUGGGUAGAAUGUCCAAUGGGGAUUGAAUAUUUAAAGCUGAAUCUCAAAGGAGAAGUCUGGGAUAGAAAUACAUAUUUGAGAGUCAUCCAUGCCUACUGUCAAAUACGAAUUUGUGCUUUUCUCUGUAGUCUCACAGCACAGCCCUUCAGUGAUGGGGAGGGAUAACUCUUAGGACUUAUGUCCUGUCACAAGGAGAGAAGCACAGUUGUUGAGAAAAGUAGUUAGUUGAGGGGGCCAAAAAUAGUGAUUUGUGGCAGAAGUGGACCUGAGGAAGUUAGGAGACAGUUGGUGAGGUGAGGAAUCUGAGAUGAGGUGUGAACACUAGAGAUAACCUGGCAAAAUCUCUCCCAGAUCUCUCCACAGAUAACCAAACUGUGUCCCCAGAAGGUUAGAAGAAUUGUCCCAGAUCAUUCAGCUGCUCAAAUAGCAAAGCAGCUUAGUGACUUGACUUUGUUUCACUAAGUUCUGGUCCCAGUUUUCCUGUAAAUUCCCUGGUGGCUAUUGGUUUCUUGAUUUUGAAGGGGCAAGGGUACAACUGCUCUAACCUACAGAAUUAUUAGAUCACAUGAGAUGAGGGAAUUGUACUUUACAUAUGUUUAACCUAUACUAUUCAGCUAUAUGUACAUACUCUUUUAUAUAUUUUAAAGUACUAUGAAAUUAGGCUGGGCAGAAUGGCUCAUACAUGUGAUUUCAGUGCUUUGGGAGGCCAAGGCAGGAGGAUUACUUGAGGCCAGGAAUUCAAGUCCAGCCUGGGCAACAUAGCAAGAUCUUGUCUCUACCAAAAUAAAAAAAUUAAAAUAGGUGGCCAUGAUGGUACACACCUGUAGUCUCAGCUACUUGGGAGGCUGAUGUGGGAGGUUUGCCUCAGUCCCGGAGUUCAAGGUUACAGUGAGUUAUGGUCAUGCUGCUGUACUCCAUCUGUCUCUAAAAAAAAGUAUGAAAUUAUAUUUUGUAUACUUACUUAGAAGCUAACUUGAGUCAAAUGCGACUCCUGGAGCUAGAGACACCAUCUGCAAUGAUCUCUACAUCUAUGAUACCCGCAAGUCUCCUCCUCUGUGGUUCCACUUCCCCUGUGCAGACUGCCAGCUGAAACGCGUGGGCCAUCGCACCUGCCUUUGGAAUGAUCAGCUUUACCUGGUUGGGGGUUUUGGUGAAGAUGGCAGGACAGCCAGUCCACAGAGCUCCAUGAAUCUGCCUCCAGACAAGGCCCGGCUCCUGCGGCAGUAUGACAAUGAGAAGAAGUGGGAUCUGAUCUGUGACCAGGAACGAUUCCAGGUGAAGAAUCCUCCCCAUACUUACAUUCAGAAACUCCAGAGCUUCUUGGACCCCAGUGUAACUCGGAAGAAGUUCAGGAGGAGGGUUCAGGAGUCAACCAAAGUACUAAGGGAGCUGGAGAUCUCUCUUCGCACCAACCACAUUGGGUGGGUGCGGGAGUUUCUGAACGAUGAAAACAAAGGCCUGGAUGUGCUGGUGGAUUACCUGUCCUUUGCCCAGUGUUCUGUCAUGUUUGACUUUGAGGGUCUGGAGAGUGGUGACGAUGGUACAUUUGACAAACUCCGGUCCUGGAGCAGGUCAAUCGAGGACCUGCAGCCACCCAGCGCCCUGUCGGCCCCCUUCACCAACAGCCUCGCUCGCUCUGCGCGCCAGUCUGUGCUCCGGUAUAGCACUCUCCCUGGGCGCAAGGCCCUGAAGAACUCCCGCCUAGUGAGCCAGAAGGAUGAUGUCCACGUCUGUAUCCUUUGUCUCAGAGCCAUCAUGAACUAUCAGUAUGGAUUCAACCUGGUCAUGUCCCACCCCCAUGCUGUCAAUGAGAUUGCACUUAGCCUCAAUAACAAGAAUCCAAGGACCAAAGCCCUUGUCUUAGAGCUUCUGGCAGCUGUGUGUUUGGUGCGAGGAGGUCAUGAAAUCAUCCUUGCUGCCUUUGACAAUUUCAAAGAGGUAUGCAAGGAGUUGCACCGCUUUGAGAAGCUGAUGGAAUAUUUCCGGAACGAGGACAGCAACAUCGACUUCAUGGUGGCCUGCAUGCAGUUCAUCAACAUCGUGGUGCACUCAGUGGAGGACAUGAACUUCCGGGUCCACCUGCAGUAUGAGUUUACCAAGCUGGGGCUAGAGGAGUUCCUGCAGAAGUCAAGGCACACAGAGAGCGAGAAGCUGCAGGUGCAGAUUCAGGCAUACCUGGACAACGUGUUUGAUGUUGGGGGUUUGUUGGAGGAUGCUGAGACCAAGAAUGUAGCCCUGGAGAAGGUGGAGGAGUUGGAGGAGCAUGUGUCCCAUCUCACAGAGAAGCUUCUGGACCUAGAGAAUGAGAACAUGAUGCGGGUGGCAGAGCUAGAGAAGCAGCUGCUGCAGCGGGAGAAGGAACUAGAGAGCAUCAAGGAGACAUACGAGAACACAAGCCACCAGGUGCACACCCUGCGGAGGCUCAUUAAAGAGAAGGAGGAGGCCUUCCAGCGUCGAUGCCAUUUGGAGCCAAGUGUCCGGGGCCUGGAGUCUGUGGGCAGUGAGGCCCUGGCCAGAGUAGGCCCUGCAGAGUUGAGUGAGGCCAUGCCACCCUCUGACCUAGACCUUCUGGCUCCAGCUCCACCCCCCGAGGAGGUCCUGCCUCUGCCUCCACCACCAGCUCCACCCUUGCCCCCUCCACCUCCCCCAUUACCAGACAAGUGUCCCCCAGCCCCACCUCUCCCUGGUGCUGCACCCUCUGUGGUGUUGACAGUGGGCCUGUCAGCCAUUCGAAUUAAGAAACCUAUCAAGACCAAGUUCCGGCUGCCUGUCUUCAACUGGACAGCACUGAAACCCAAUCAGAUCAGUGGCACUGUCUUCAGCGAACUUGAUGACGAGAAGAUCUUGGAGGACCUGGAUCUGGAUAAGUUUGAAGAAUUAUUCAAGACAAAAGCACAGGGCCCUGCCCUUGACCUCAUCUGCUCCAAGAACAAGACAGCACAAAAAGCUGCCAGCAAGGUGACUCUGUUGGAAGCCAAUCGUGCCAAGAACCUGGCUAUCACCCUGCGCAAGGCUGGCCGCUCAGCUGAGGAGAUCUGCAGGGCCAUUCACACGUUUGACUUGCAGACGCUACCUGUUGACUUCGUGGAGUGCCUGAUGCGCUUCCUGCCCACAGAGGCUGAGGUGAAGCUGCUGCGGCAGUAUGAGCGUGAGCGGCAGCCCCUGGAGGAGUUGGCGGCUGAGGACCGCUUCAUGCUGCUCUUCAGCAAGGUGGAGCGGCUGACCCAGCGAAUGGCUGGCAUGGCCUUCCUGGGGAACUUCCAGGACAACUUGCAGAUGCUCACACCGCAACUCAAUGCCAUCAUUGCAGCGUCCGCUUCCGUCAAGUCUUCACAGAAGCUGAAGCAGAUGUUGGAGAUCAUACUUGCACUGGGGAACUACAUGAACAGCAGCAAGCGAGGAGCUGUGUAUGGCUUCAAGCUCCAGAGUCUCGAUCUGCUGUUGGAUACCAAGUCCACUGACCGGAAGAUGACACUGCUUCAUUUCAUCGCCUUGACAGUGAAGGAGAAAUACCCAGACCUGGCUAACUUCUGGCAUGAGCUACACUUUGUUGAGAAGGCUGCAGCAGUGUCCCUGGAGAACGUGCUGCUGGACGUGAAGGAGCUGGGCCGGGGCAUGGAGCUGAUUCGGCGGGAGUGCAGCAUCCACGACAACAGCGUCCUCCGGAACUUCCUCUGUACCAAUGAAGGCAAACUAGACAAGCUCCAGCGGGAUGCCAAGACAGCUGAGGAGGCCUACAAUGCAGUUGUGCGCUACUUUGGCGAGAGUCCCAAGACGACACCUCCUUCUGUAUUCUUCCCAGUAUUUGUCCGAUUCAUUCGUUCUUACAAGGAAGCAGAGCAAGAGAAUGAAGCCCGCAAGAAACAGGAGGAGGUAAUGCGGGAGAAGCAGCUGGCUCAGGAAGCCAAGAAACUGGAUGCCAAGACUCCAUCCCAGAGGAACAAGUGGCAACAGCAGGAGUUAAUAGCAGAGUUGAGGCGGCGCCAGGCCAAGGAACACCGGCCUGUUUAUGAGGGAAAGGAUGGUACCAUCGAGGACAUCAUCACAGUGCUGAAGAGUGUCCCUUUCACGGCCCGUACUGCCAAGCGGGGCUCACGCUUCUUCUGUGAUGCAGCCCACCAUGAUGAGUCAAACUGUUAGCCCCCAAGGCUGGGGCCCUUGACAGGCCUCCACUGCCAGCCUAUUGUUGUUCGCCACCAAGCCAGGAGUGCUGCGCUGCCCAGUGGCCCCCCUCGGGCUCCAGGCCCCCACUGAGACCCUCUUGGAGGCAGAAGCACUUCAGCGUUUAGAGUCCUACAAAU